AAUGACCUGAAACGACGCGAUGACUGCUCUCAGGCACUCUCAGGUUCCUCUUUCGUUUCGAAAAGAAGAUAUUAAUGACUAAUAUGCCACAAAUACUUAAUAAAUUGGUUAAUUCAAUGUAUUAUUUUACACGUCGUAAAUUUGCGCCAGCUUUUUUAGUUGUAAGAAAUAUGGCCACUGUCAAACGAUUUUAUAGAAGGACAAAUAUAAUUUCAAGUGGCGACAAAUUUGAGAUUACUUUGGAUCAGAAAAAGCUGAAAACACCACAAGGUAGAAUAUUUGAGGUGAAUAGCAAACCUUUGGCUUUAGCAGUAGCUGCAGAAUGGGAUGCACAGAAGGACACAAUCGACAGAGGGAGCAUGCACCUGACAUCCUUGUGCAAUACUGUAUUGGACAAUCCGCAUAAUCACUCCAAAAUAGAUUUGGUCAAUCAUAUGGUGAAUUGUUUAGAAAUAGAUACAAUUUUGUUUUAUUCGAGUGAGGUGGAUGAACUGUAUCAGUUACAAGUUGAAAAAUGGGAACCUAUAGUUUGUUGGUUUUGCGAACAUUAUGAUGUAGAUAUUGCGAGAACUCAGAGUAUAGAAGCACCUACAGUAUCUACGGAGACCAAAGCUGCAUUAACAAAACAUUUAUUGUCACAUAAUUUCAAUAGUAUUUAUGGUCUUGUAUAUGCAGUGGAUGGAUUAAAAUCAGUUAUUCUAACUCUUGCCACAGCUGCAAAAGUAAUUAAUAUCCCGGAAGCUGUAAAUCUCUCACGUCUAGAAGAAGAAUAUCAGAUAUCUCACUGGGGAAACGUGGAGUGGCAUCACGAGUACAGCAAACAAGAUCUGCAAGCUCGUCUAUCAGCGGCAAUGUUAUUCGUAUAUUUAAACUCUCAUUCCACCACUUUUCGACUCAAAAAUGAGACUCCUAAUGUAAGUUGAUCUUAUUUUGAUUACUAAAUUAUUAAUCACUACGUCAAUAGAUAUAAAAUUUGUAUAAAAUAAAAAAACAAUGUAAUAUAACAUUGUAA